AUGGGCCGUCCCUAUCUCCAACUCCGUCUCAUCGCCCUCGUGGCCCUCAUCAUCUCUCUAUUCGCCGCAAUCGCACAGGCUAACGUGGAGAAAACCAUCUUCCUCGCACCCCCAGCCACUACCGUACCCUCCGAGGAGCCCGACCUCGAUGACCUCGGUCUGGAACGGCUCUCACCGCAGAGCCCCAUCCUGCGCGCGCAUCUAAAUGCCUCCUUCCCAACGGCCUCUGCGCCCGACGGCACCGACUCCUGGUUCUUCCUGGAGAAUCUGACCCCCGGGCAACGCUACGAGGUGCGCGUCUGCUGGCUGGCCACGCAACCAACCGCUUUCUCGCUGCAAACGUACUCGCUCACCGCAGCCAUUGCAAACGAGGCCCUCCUCGCCUCGCUCAGUGCGUACUCCGGCAGCCGCCUGGCCGCGCUAGACGCUGCUCUGCAGGCGAACGCCAUGCCGCGGCGCGCGAGCGCCGGCUCGCGGGACCCUGGGCCGGUGUCGGACUCGGUACUGUUCCUACGGGUGCGGGCCGCGGCCGACUACUUCAGUCUGGACGAGGCGCUGAUGCGAGCCGUGCCCCCAGUGGCAGUGGAUCUUGUCUUGGAUCCGUUUUUGUGGAAUGUAUUCCCGCGGUCGUUGGUGCCGACCGCGGGGUGGAUUGUCAUUGUGGGCGCGGUGGCGGUGGUUGUGGCGCGCUGGGUUGCGGGGGAGAUUGGGAGGGUGAUUGAGGAUGGGAGGAAUGAGCGGGAAGUGGAGGAGAAGGAAAGUAAAAAGGUAAGGUGA